AUGAGCAGUGAGGAAUUCAUUAUACCAGACACACCACCAUCUCAUCUGGGAUGGGCACCGAAGCGUGUACCACUAACAACGAUUUCCACCAACAAGCAGCAGGGGAAGAGAAAGCUGCACUUUCUGGAGGAGGAUGAGGAGGAAACCAACUUUGUACCCUCAAAGAAACGUAUGUGUGAGAACACCUCCAUGGCUCCGCUACUAGAGGAGGCAGCGGCGCGGGAUGAUGAUGAUGAUGAUGACUUUAUCGCACUCAUCAAUAAGCCAUCACCAAAACCAUGGAUGCCUCUCCGCGAGCUGGUGGAAGAUGUCCCACAUACUAUCAUCUCCGUGCGAGAAGAAACAAACCAUCAUGGCAGACGAAUUAUAUUAAAAAUAAAAAUCGCUUCUACAAAGAAAAUCUCUGAGGUAUUCAGAUAUUGAGAAAACCUCUGAGAUUUUCUUCCAUAAUUUCGCCCUGUAAAGUUAUUAAAUUUAAUUCUAAGUGUAAAAAUUUAGGAAUAGUGGUGAAGCAUGUCACCGCUACAUGGAGUGACAUUAAGAUUGUUAAAAUGUAACAAUCUUAUUCUCAUACCAUGUUGCGGUGAGAUGCAUCACAAGUAGUAUAUAAUGUAAAUAUUGUAGUGAUUGAUAAUAAAUUGUAAUAUUGUUUUUAUAAAAAAA